CAGGACCCCAAUAUGGCGACGAAGCAUGAGUUGAUAGGAUGAUUGAGCAAAUGUUUUCAACAAGAUGGAGUUAUCAGAUCAGAGUGUAAGCUUUGGAGAUUUCAGUGGCCUUGAUGAUGCUACGUUUGAGAGAGUCUACAAGAUUCUCCAUGGUGCAGAUGGAGCCAAGAGGGUAGAGUUUCCAUGGAAUGGUCCUGACCCAAACUACCCUGAAGAUGCUGACAUUCAGUCUGGCUUCAUCCCUGUGGAUGCAGUCCCAACUAUCCCCGGUACCCCCAUCUUUGUUCCACAGUACCCUGGCAUGUUCCCUGUCCCCACAGUCCCAGCUGUGGUCGCCCCCUACCCCGUGGCCCCCAUCGUCAACGGAAUUGCCCUGGGGCCGCCAUACCACACUCAGCCUGUUCCAGUGCCAAUGGAGACAAUCUAUACUCAGAAUGAAGGAGCUCACAUAGUCACCUCCCCUCCUGGAACUGUGCUGUGCAAUGGUCCUGUUGUCAGCUCCCAAGUGUAUGAACUUGUUCAAGUGAGCCCCCCAAAUGUUCCGCAAGCCAAGAGGGAAGCAGCAUCGAGUGCCCCAGCCGAGUUUGACUUUGUGUACAGUGAUCCCGGGUCCGAGGUCCCAGUGUCGACAUCGACCGAGCUGAUUCAACAUAUUCAAACUGAACAUGGUCCAGUCCCAGAACAGACUCUUAGCCCUCAGUCCAGUAAAAACAGUGGCCCUCCUGACAGGACUUCUAGCAUUGUCAACACCUUAGGACAGCAAGUUGAAAAUGUUUCAGUUAGCAGUAGUGUAGCCAAGGAUAAUAACGCCAACGCUUCUCCUGAUGCCAGUGUUCCGAAUGACCCCAACCUUCCAGUAAAGCAGGACUCCAUCCCAGUGCCACAGCCCACCUCUCCACCGAAGCCCAAGUCCUGGGCCGGACUGUUUAAAGGAAGUUCGGCCAUCGUGACAUAUGUGGAUGAUACCAAACGAGAACCGAGCCCACAGCCAACUCAAGCUCCAGAGACAAAGGUGGAGGAAACCACAAAACAGCCAGUACCUGUUGGAGAGGAUUCUGCUGCUGCACAGUUGGGAGGCAUGUUGAAAACCCUGAAGAUAAACCACAUCUCUGUGGCACUGCAACCACGCGGCCUCAUCAACCGGGGAAACUGGUGCUAUAUAAAUGCUACACUACAAGCUCUUGUGGCGUGCCCUCCCUUCUUCCAGCUGAUGAGGAAGCUGUGUGAGUUCGCUCCCCUGAUCAGAGGUCCCAGCUCCACUCCGAUUCUAGACAGCUUAAUUGCAUUUUCCAAGAAGUUUUCUCCUUGGACACGUCCACAAGCCCGUGGGGGCAAGAAGGCUCCAGAGCUCAUCCCAGGGUCACCUUUUGAGCCGAACAAUGUCUACCAGAUGCUGCAGGUUAUCGAGGCAAACCCAUCAUUCAAGCUUGGCAAACAAGAGGAUGCAGAGGAGUUUCUAAACUGUAUCCUGGACGGGCUACAUGAGGAAAUGUCUGCAACCAUCAACCUGGCCAGUGGAGGUGAACGGGAGCCAGAGGAUGUGCAGGAGAACGGCUACGUGGAUGACGAGGACGGAAGUGAGGACGAGGAGGACUCCUGGCAACAAGUAGGGCCCAAGAAGAAGAGCAUCCGCACACGCAGGGCUGCCUUUGCCAAGACUCCAAUUGCUGACAUAUUUGCGGGACACAUCCGCUCUGCUGUGUACAAGGCUGCGUCCAAAGAGUCCGCCACACUGGAGCCAUUUUUCACCCUAAAGCUGGACAUCCAGGAUGAGAAGAUCUGGACAGUGAGAGACGCCCUGGAGGGACUGGUCACCAAGGAGGCAGUACAGGGAUACCAGUGCUCAAAGACUAAUCAGGAGGUGGAAGUGGUGAAGAAGAUCAGCCUGGAAGAGCUGCCGCCCAUCCUCAUCCUCCACCUUAAGUGUUUUGUCUUCGACAAGACAGGGGGGAGCCAGAAACUGUUGAAGAAAAUUGACUUUGACGUUGACCUCAACAUCACUAAAGAUCUGCUGUCAUCAACAGCCAAGGCUAAGAUCCAACAUACGCAUCGGUCCUACAAGCUGUUUGCUGUUGUAUUUCACCAUGGUAAAAACUCCACCGGCGGCCACUACACAACAGACGUGUUCCACCCCGGCAUCAGUAGCUGGGUGCACAUCGACGAUGCACGUAUACAGGCAGUCCAAGUCGGCAGCGUGCUCAAGUAUACAGCACCCAGAAUGCCAUACCUGCUUUACUACCGUCGCACAGACCUCUCUUAAACACAUUCGUCUUUCAUUCAGAUUCGGUUUGGACGUUUGUCUCUUGUGUGGCAUUGGACAAUGGAGGAUCACACUUGUUUCAGCAAGGUCUACCACAGGAUUUUAUCGUUGUAAAACCGAAUCUGAUUCAUGCUCUUUUGGGAGUGUCUUCAUCUGCCCAGCAUUGGUGAAUGAUAUCUCACCCAACUCGACUUUUGUGUGAGAUCACACCGGACUCAACCAUGUGUAGACAUUUUUCUAUUUCUAUCUAGCAUUAUGGAAAGUUUUCCCCGUGUAUGAGGAACAGACUUUGAACUAUUUCAAGUGUGACAACUUGGACAUGCGUAUCUCUACAGCAUGAUGAACUGAUACAGACUGUUUACAUUGGAGGCCAUGUUAUGGAUAUAACAAAAUGCUAGUCCCUGAGGUGCUUAUGGACUCCAGAGUGUGCAUUUCAAUAUGGAACUCAAAUGCUAAUCUUAAGCUUGUGUACUAGAAUGCUUGGGCUGCUGAAACUCAUUCUCAGCAUUUGCAAUCCGUUGAAGACUUUUACAAUCUAUGAACAUAUAUCCGUGAACUGAUUCUUCUGCUUAGAUUAGAACGGCAAGCACAGAUGCUUUGAACUGAUUGCCAAUAAUGAUGGGGGAAAAUGAAGAUUGUCUUUGCAUUUCAUGGACGUGAUCGAGCAGCUGAUACCAACAUAAUACUUUCAUAAUAUACAUUGUAAUUACAAUCAUGAAAUGUGUCUAUUGUCAGUCUGGACAAUUAUGUUCAUUUAUAUCAUUGUAAUACAUAGUAUUUCAAGAGGACAUAGGGGUUUGUUGCCAAGGAGAGAUGACGCAUCCACAUCACUAUUCUUGUGCAUUAUUUCAUUCUAGAAGUGGGGGCAAGGGUGGCCCAGUCGUCUUAAGGCACCGCAAUUCGCUGUGCAGAGUUGCGUCCCUUGGACACGCCAGAAACCUAUGAUUGUGGGUUCGAAUUCCGGUUCGCCCUGAUUAUGUUUCUA